AGGGACAGAGUAAUCAUUAACUGACACUCGUCGUAAAACCAACAGAGUCCGGACUUUGGUUCAGAAUGAGACCGGCCUGAUCCACGCAUCAAUCGCUCUGAGAGCAUCAUUAAUUUCCCUGAUUGAAACUGAACUGUCAAUCACUUCUAAUGGAGUCCAAUCAGAAAGCAGACGGGCUGACAGGGACGCAGAGGGAGGCGGGGCUACGGGCCCUGAUGCAACGAACCGGCUACGCCCUCCGACAGGAGAACGGGCAGAGGAGGUACGGGGGGCCUCCUCCAAACUGGGACGGUCCUCCUCCUGAGCGAGGCUCCGAGAUUUUUGUGGGAAAAUUGCCCCGAGAUCUUUUUGAAGAUGAGCUGGUCCCUCUGUGUGAGAAGUUCGGGCAGAUCUACGAGGUGAGGAUGAUGAUGGACUUUAACGGGAACAAUCGCGGUUACGCCUUCGUGACGUUCAGCAGCCGCCAGGAGGCGAAGAACGCCAUGAAACACCUGAACAACCACGAGAUCAGGCCCGGGCGUCUCCUGGGCGUGUGUGCGAGCGUGGAUAACUGUCGUCUGUUCGUGGGUGGGAUCCCAAAGUGUAAACGUCGAGACGAGAUCCUGAGCGAAAUGUCAAAGGUCACAGAGGGCGUGAGUGAUGUCAUCGUUUACCCGAGUGCCGCCGACAAGACCAAGAACCGCGGCUUCGCCUUCGUCGAAUAUCAGAGUCACCGAGCAGCCGCCAUGGCCCGAAGGAAACUACUGCCAGGAAGGAUCCAGCUGUGGGGUCACGCCAUCGCCGUGGACUGGGCGGAGCCUGAGGUGGAGGUUGACGAGGAAACGAUGGCGACGGUGAAAAUCCUGUACGUGAGAAACCUGAUGCUCCAGACGAGCGAAGAAACCAUCCAGAAGGAAUUCAACGCCAUCAACCCAGGUUGUGUGGAGCGGGUGAAGAAAAUUCGUGAUUAUGCUUUUGUUCACUUCACUCACAGAGACGACGCUCUCAACGCCAUGAAACAACUGCACGGGAAGGUGAUCGAAGGUUCUCCGAUCGAAGUGACUUUGGCCAAACCUGUGGACAAGGACAGUUAUGUGAGAUACACCAGAGGGACGGGAGGACGAGGAGCCGCACUGCAGCCGGACUACGCCCCCUACGCUCUGGGACAGGUCUACGAUCCGUCGAUGGCGUACCUGGGGGCUCCUGUGUUCUACGCUCCUCAGGCCUACGCCAUCCCUGCUCAGCUCCGCCUCCCCAAGACGCCGAUGUGUGGGCGGGGCCUCGUCCGGACGCCGUCGGUCCGAGACGUUUACAUGAGUGUACCUGUAGGGGCCGCCGGCGUGCGCGGGCUGCCCAGGGGCGGGGCUUACAUCACAGGGGGCGCGGCUUACCUCGCAGGGGGCGGGCUUACCGGCAGAGUGGGGGGCGGGGUCUCAUCUAACCCCGCCUACAAAAUGGAGCCAAAACAAAACCAGGAGAAACUGUUCGACCUCCUCCCGGGCAUGGAGCUGACCCCCCUGAAGACCGGCAAGACCCCCACACAGGUUCUCGAGGACUUGUGUCAGAAGAACGGUUGGGGUUCUCCGGUGUUUGAACUUCACUCGGCUCAGACUCCAGACCAAAGACAACUGUUCCUCUACAAAGUGACCAUCCCCGCGCUGGCCGAGCACUGCCCCAGCCUACACACCGUGACUCCGUCUAAAUUGUCUUCGUCGGUGGAGGAGGCUCGAGUCCACGCGGCCGAACACACUCUGAGCGCUCUGGGUCUGGCCGAGAUCCCGGACCAGGCCUUGGGAUCCGGGUCCGGGCCGGGGGCUGGCCCGGGUCUGGUUCCUGGGACCAUCUCUGGACCGGUCUCUGGGACCAUCAGCCCUGGUGCCCUGACCUACACAGGUCUGGCGGCGUACCCUCUGGCGGCGGCGGCGGCUUCGUUGGCGUCUCUUAAACCGACCCUGAGUCAAGACCUGACCUACGCCUCCUACGACGGAUACACCGCCUUCACUCUGCGCCCGGCGACCCUCCUGUGACCUCUGACCCCUGACCUCCUCCUCUGACCUCUGACCCCUCCAGCUGUGACCCCUGACCUCCUCCUGUGACCUCUGACCCCUCUACCUGUGACCUCUGACCCCCUCUACCUGUGACCUCUGACCCCUCUACCUGUGACCUCUGACCUCCUCCUGUGACCUCUGACUCCUCCUCCUGUGACCUCUGACCUCCUCCUGUGACCUCUGACCCUCCUGUGACCUCUGACCCCUGUCUGUGACCUCUGAUCCUCCUGUGACCCUCCUGUGACCUCUGACUGUGACCUCUGACCCUCCUCUGACCUCUAAUGUGCCCAGUUUUCUAACCUCAGACUCGUGUUGAGCUGUUUGUUUGUUUUUUCUUUUCCUUUGUUCAAACCGUUGAGUUUUUAAAAAAUGAUUUUUCUCUUUUUAAAAGGAACAAAUCACAUAAAACAAAACUGUAAAUGUUUUUAAACCGGCGUCGCUCCGUCACUUUUGUGUCCGAGACGUUUUCAUUUUCCAAAUUUCCCUAGAUUUUUCAUCAUUUGUGACGUUCAGAAGUGAAUCCCGUUUUUUCCAGUGAAAUCAGGUCGUGUUCGGGUCCACAAUCUGUUCCAUCACAUUUUGAAUUUUAAAUCUCGCUGAAUUUCUCACUUUGAAUUUUUUAACUCUGAAAAACAAAAAAAUAGGUUUGAAAUAUUUUUAUUCUGAAUUUUAACUGCUGAAAUUUUAAGUAUUUUUUUUUUCAAUUAGUGCUCAAAAUUCAAAUUCA